AGGACAGAGAAAGGACAACAUGGAAGACUGCACCUCUCCAGGGGUCUCCAGAGGUGCGACACUGGCUGCGCUGGCACAGGGGCAGGGGUGAGAAGGCCCCCAGAGACACCUCUGCUGACCCUUCCGAGGACAGUCGCCGCCGGCCCUGCUGACCUGUGCCUUGGACAGCUGUUCUCAGUGAAGGACCCUGUGCCCGCCCCUGAGCAGCGACCAUGGGCCUGCUCGCCUACCUGAAGACCCAGUUUGUGGUGCACCUGCUCAUCGGCUUCGUCUUCGUGGUGAGCGGCCUGAUCAUCAACUUCACCCAGCUGUGCUCGCUGGCGCUCUGGCCCAUCAGCAAGCAGCUGUACCGCCGCAUCAACUGCCGCCUGGCCUACUCACUCUGGAGCCAGCUGGUCAUGCUGCUGGAGUGGUGGUCGUGCACUGAGUGCACCCUCUUCACCAACCAUGACACCGUGAGCCACUUCGGAAAGGAGCACGUGGUCAUCAUCCUCAACCACAACUUCGAGAUCGACUUUCUGUGCGGGUGGACCAUGUGUGAGCGCUUUGGAGUGCUAGGGAGCUCCAAAGUGCUGGCCAAGAAGGAGCUGCUGUACGUGCCCCUCAUCGGCUGGACGUGGUACUUCCUGGAGAUCGUGUUCUGCAAGCGGAAGUGGGAGGAAGACCGUGACACCGUCAUGGAGGGGCUGAAGCGCCUGGCUGACUACCCGGAGUACAUGUGGUUCCUCCUGUACUGUGAAGGGACGCGCUUCACCGAGACCAAGCACCGGGUCAGCAUGGAGGUGGCCAUCUCCAAGGGGCUGCCUCCGCUCAAGCACCACCUGCUGCCGCGCACCAAGGGCUUCACCACCGCCGUGCAGUGCCUGCGCGGCACAGUCGCCGCGAUCUACGACGUGACGCUGAACUUCCGCGGGAACAAGACCCCGUCUCUGCUGGGCAUCCUCUAUGGGAAGAAGUACAUGGCAGACAUGUGCGUGAGGAGGUUCCCCCUGGAGGACAUCCCAGUGGAUGAGAAGGGCGCUGCGCAGUGGCUGCACAAGCUGUACCAGGAGAAGGACGCGUUGCAGGAGAUGUACAAGGAGAAGGGCGUGUUCCCCGGGGAGCAGAUCAAACCAGCACGCCGGCCGUGGACCCUGCUGAACUUCCUGUGCUGGGCUGCGGUCCUCCUCUCCCUCCUCUUCAGCUUUGUCCUGGGCAUCUUUGCCAGUGGAUCCCCGCUGCUGAUCCUGACGUUCCUGGGGUUCGUGGGUGCAGCUUCCUUCGGACUCCGAAGACUGAUCGGAGUCACGGAAAUAGAGAAGGGCUCCAGCUAUGGAAACCAAGAAUUGAAGAAAAAGGAAUAAUUAAUGGCUGUGAUUGAACACACAUAACCUGACGCGGAAUCUGAUUAACUCAAUUAGAACAACACACACUGAGCGAGGGGAGAGAGACACUUAGAAACUAUUUUUCUUAUUAACUGGUGACUAAUAUUAACAAAUAAAACUUGAGCCAAGA